AUGCAAUACACUCCAUUUGCCUCUGAUAUCGAGUUGCCAUUCUAUACAGCUCUGGCCUCACACAAGAUCAACCAUGAUAAGCUUGAUGACUCGGCUCGCCCCGUAUUGGGGCUCUAUGAAAUCCGUUCCACAGACCCAGAAAAUAACUCAUGUCGAAUGCAAAUACAUGGAAAUGCUUUGACGAACGUUGAGGCACCUGGCGGGUUAUACCGAGGGGAGGGCAUAAUUAAGAAUUUCAACACGAUCGAGGAGUAUCGUAACGUGGAUAAGUCCCAAAUGAUUCUAAAGUCUGGGAAAACCGUUUGGGAAGCCAUUAACGAUGGAACAAUUUAUUCCUGCCCCUCUCUACUUUCUUCAUUCAUCAUUCUAUCGUUCGCGGACUUGAAAAAAUACAAGUUCUACUACUGGUUUGCCUUUCCCGCCCUACAUUCGGAUCCGUCGUGGAUAUUAUCCACCGAACCUGAAUCGAGUUCCAGCCAGAACGAUGCAGCUGCAACACCCGGAGAACAUUUAUCAUCUGAUGAAAGCACCGCUCUUGUAGAAGCCGUUCAGACCUGGAGCUACGGUGUAGAUGAUCGUCAACGGGGAUUCUUUUUGGCUCGAAAGCAAAAAAGGUCCUCGGGUUCAACAACGCAGAGCACCUGGCAGGUUGCAGCUUUAUCAGAAUAUGAAAAUGGCUUCUUCACUGGUGCUGCCCUUAAGGAUCGCUAUGUGUGCUUCGCAGAUCCGUCCAACUACGAUACUGCUCCGGGUUGGAUGUUGCGGAACCUCCUAGUACUAAUUAAGCAACGAUGGAAGCUUAAUAAAGUACAAAUUUUGAGGUAUCGCGAUGUUCAAUCUAAACGUGAUCAGGCUCGCAGUGUAAUUCUUCGACUGGAGUCUAAGCCAAAGUUGGAUUCGAUCGCAGAGAAAUUACCCGAAAACCAGCCACCCAAAAUAACAGGCUGGGAGCGCAAUCCAGCUCAGAAGUUGGCCGGGCGGAUUGUUAAUUUGACCGAGUACAUGGAUCCUGUCAGACUCGCAGACCAGUCCGUCGAUCUCAAUCUCAAACUCAUGAAAUGGCGGAUAAGCCCGUCGUUGAAUCUGGAGAAGAUCAAGAACACCAAAUGUCUCCUACUAGGAGCAGGCACUUUAGGGAGUUAUGUCGCUCGGAAUUUAUUGGGCUGGGGGGUUAAAAAAAUCACAUUUGUCGACAAGGGCACAGUUUCGUUCUCUAACCCCGUCAGGCAGCCAUUAUUUACAUUUACAGAUUGCCUGAAUGGUGGAGUGUCCAAAGCUACUCGUGCAUCGCAGGCCUUGACUGAGAUCUACCCCGGGGUGGAGACCGCAGGCCAUACUAUUUCUGUCCCCAUGGCUGGUCACCCAAUCGUUGAUGAAAAUACGACACGGCGAGAUUUCGAGACCCUCAAGGCUCUCAUUGAUGAGCAUGAUGCCGUCUUCCUUCUCAUGGACACUCGAGAAUCACGCUGGUUACCGACAGUCAUGGGAAAGGCAGCAGGAAAAAUUGUCAUGAAUGCAGCCUUGGGCUUUGACUCUUUUGUUGUGAUGCGACAUGGUGGUGAAAUUGUCUCAGAUCCACCAACUGAUCUUGGGUGCUACUUCUGCAAUGACGUUGUGGCGCCAGCAAACUCUAUCAAGGAUCAAACCCUUGACCAACAAUGUACUGUUACUCGGCCUGGAGUCGCUCCUAUUGCAUCUGCUCUUUUGGUAGAACUCAUGGUCUCCAUCUUGCAGCACCCGCAAGGUGUUAAUGCGCCGGCGCCCAUGAGCCGAAAUGACGAGCCCGGUGAUCACCCUCUCGGGUUGGUACCCCAUCAGAUCAGAGGGUUCCUCUCCACCUAUGAGAAUAUCACAGUUACUGGAAAGAGCUACUCUUGCUGUAGUGCUUGCUCAGAAAAAGUGACGAUUGCGUACAAGGAAGAAGGCUGGGGCUUUGUGCGAAGAGCCUUAAAUGAGCGGGGAUAUGUUGAGGAAUUGAGUGGACUCAAAGAGGUUCAAGAGAAGGCUGAAGCAGCCAUAGCUGACCUUGACUGGGAUGAGGCGUCAGAGAAUGAGGAGAUGGAAGUCAUCUAG